AUGACUAGCCUCGAUGAUGAAUUGCUCGCCCUGGCCGGCGACUCUUCCGAUGAAGAGAACAAUGCCUCCCCGCAGACCAGACCCAAUGCUCAUUCCCAAUUUCCUCCCGCCGAGCGAGAAGCAGACCACGAAGGAGACGACGAUGAAGCAGAGAAGGACAAAUACAAAGAAUCGCCUCCCAGGAAAUCCAGAGAAAUGGCUCGCAAAGGUGUCGCCAAGUCUGUGAAGGCCUCAAAGCCGGCGAGACGCAAUAAGCAAAAGCGAGAGGAAUCUGACGAGGAGGGUGAACUAUCUGCUGCUGAAUCGCUAGCUUCUGAGCACUCUGCGAGCAUGUCAGAGUCCGAACCUGAUGAUGCAGAUCUACAAAUCGAGGGCGACAAGCCCAUAUUUCCUUAUGACAAGCUGUAUUACUCAUCCGACGACAAGAAGAGGAUUAUGGCUCUUCCUGAAAUUGAACGAGAGCAGAUACUAUCAGAACGUUCCCAGCAAGUCGACCGCCACAAUCAAGAUCUUGUUCUUCGUCGCCUACUUGCUUCUCGUGAGCGCGAACAAGCACGGGCUGAAUCGAGAUCAAAGCGCAAAGCUAGUACCACCGAUAUAGAAGAUGGCACCCGCAAGAGUUCACGCCAAAAGACUACGUUAGGUGGACGCCGAGUUGGAGAAACAUCUGACGCAAUCGAGGCCUAUAAACGGCAGCGAGAGCAGAAAGGCAAGCGUGAUGAGCAACGUCGCCGCGAUGCAGAUGCGCGACAAGCCCGAGAGCGCAGCUCGUCUCAUGAAGAGGGGGCAUACUCGGACGUUGAUGCAGAAGGUGAAAGCGAGGUAGAGUACGAGGAGAAAGCGCGUCGUACCCCACCGAAACAACCCGAUGUUCCCAAGGAUGACCUUCCUGCCACUUUCAAAGAUAUCCAACGAGUCCGCGUGGGCCGUAGCAAUUUUGCGAGCGUCUGCUUUCAUCCUACCUUUGUACCAUCUCUUACCAACUGCUUCGCCCGAGUUAAUAUUGGGCCGAAUCGGGAUACUGGUCAGAAUGAGUAUCGUGUCUGUAUCAUCAAGAAGUUCACUAAAGGACGCCCCUAUGCGCUCGAAGGAGCCAAUGGGCGUACCUACGUGACAGAUCAGUACGCUGUUCUUGCCCAUGGCAAAGCCGAGCGCGAGUUUCCAUUCAUUCAAUGCUCAGACUCUCCUUUCACUGAGGCUGAGUUCAACCGGUGGCGCCAGACCAUGGUCGUAGAGGACUGCAAGAUACCCACAAAGUCCAUGCUCGCUGCGAAAGUAGUCGACAUCAACAAUCUCAUCAAUUACAAAUUUACACCAGAAGAGUUGGAAGAGAAAUUGCGAAAGCAAGGAGCUGAUAACGCCAAUGAGAAACUUCUAAGGCGCUUUGAACUCGAGAGGAAGUUGAACGAAGCCAUUGCCCAGGGAAAUGAUGAUGAAGUGGCUAGCAUACAGGCUCAGCUCGCCAAGGAAACUACUUCAAAGCUUGCCUUCAACGGCGCUUUCAACAAGACGCGUCCCGAGAAACAACAGACUCCAGAGCAGCGGCUGGCCGAGCUCAAUCGUCGAAACCAGAAACUCAACAGCGAGAAUGUCCGCCGUGCACAGCUUGAAGAAAGACGUAUGAACCGCAAGAUUGCCGCAGCUGUGGCUCGUGGGGAAGCUACAGCAGAUCCUUUUGCUCGCGUCAAAACUCGUGCAAAGACUUAUCAUGACGUGAAUGCGAGUGCACACAGCGUGCCGGCCAAAGAAACUCCUACCGAUAACGGCAAUGGAACCCCUGCGGAAAAGUCCGAAUCGCCGUCCGCAUCUCAAGUCAGCACUACACCUUCUAAAGUCCAGUCCAAGCCGAAAGGCAUUGCUGUCAUUCGCCACCGAAAUAUGGACGAUGAUAACAUUGCUGCUCUGGAAUUGGAUCUUGAUGGUGAUCUUGACCUUGGAUUUUAAACGGUAUGAUUUUCAUGAAGAGCAAAGGGAAACACCCCAGAGUCAGAGGCUCGGACACGUUGGCUUAUUUCUUAAUGACGAUCAUCCAGUGAAGAGGUUCUUGAGCGCCCCGGGAACACCUACCGGCCACUGACAAGGUACGGACCGAACGAAAGUUACUGGCAAAGUACCUCCUGGCUAGCCUCUUUCUUCAUGGAUUCUGGCAUAUUUGACUUAAAUUUCGCGUAUCAUCACUCCUGCCGUACUUCGUAACGCUAGACCCGUGACAAAUAUCCAACCGUCCUUUCUUACGAUUUUCCUUUCUUUCUAUUUAUGUACAUUAGAAGCAUCCGAUCAACAAGAAAA